UACGGCCGCUGCUCAUAUUGGUAUCUCUAGACAUCCACAGCUGCCCCUUAGUCAAUUACCCCAAGUCAUAUAACAAGCAUCCAUCUUUACGGCCGAUAUGCCUUCGCCAUUUCACCAGAAAUACUCCAGCCAGAGCCACAAGGUCUUCGGAGACAACACCAUUCCAGCCAUGCCAGACGCCCCGAAAGACGACGCUCAGCGUCGAGGUUCAGACAGUUCGAUGGCCGAACCCUCCUCUCCGGAUGCACGACGCAGGUCAUCCGCCGCCCAGCGCUUUGGCAAUCUUGAGAUGCUCAAACGACCUAACGACCCAGCAAGUACUGAGAGACGUUCAUCAUUACAGGACGCGUACGGUAAACCGGGUUUCUUGGGAACGAUGUGGAACAACUUCACUCGCGGUCCUUCUGGAAGUCCCCCAGCGCCGAAGGUCGCUCCACCGAAGUCCUCUGAGCCCCGUGACACCACAACCCUACGCGGUUGAGAACAAACAAUAGUGAAUAUGAGCCGUCUCAAUCUCUGAGUAGAGGACGAGUUC